AUGUCGAAAUUCGCACCUCACCGUCGGUCAAACAAUAACCCAAGAGCAAACUCUGGAACUGUUUGUCAGAAGUGCCUUGGUACAGGACAUUUCAUAUUCGAAUGCAAGUCCACGCGUCCAUACGUAUCCCGUCCCUCGCGGACAGAGUUGCUCGAAAAUCCGAAGUUACUUGCGAAGUUGAAGGCAGAGGGAAAGCCUUCAGUCGAAGUGCCGGAGGAAUUUAGAACAAAGAGUGGAACGGCAAAUCGAAUUUUAGAGUCAAAGGAGCAGGAGCGACUGGCACUGGAGGGAGCUAAAGGAAAAGCCAAGGAAGAAGGCGGCAGACCUCGCAAGAAAGCCAGAAGGUCUUCAAGGCCCUCCUCAGAUACUUCGGACUCGGACUCGGACUCGGACUCGGAAUCAGAUUCAGAUUCAGAUUCGGGGUCUAGCUCUGAUUCAUCUGCCAGCUCUACGUCAAGCUCGGAUGCCUCACGUUCAAUUUCCAGAGAUCACAGCAGGAAGCGACCAAAACAGCGAUAUUCAUCUUCAAUUCGUUCAGAAUCUUCAUCUCGCAGUAGAUCUAGAGACUGA